AUGGUGCAAAUCUCGCAGCUCACCGCUGUCGCGCUUGCCGCGCUCGCGUCACGUGCCUCGGCCGCGUACACCAACUCGUCGUCGUCCGCGACCGCGCCCGCCACGGCGUCGUCUUCGUCGUCUGCGGCGCCGUCUGCGUCGUCGGCGCCGCUGUCGUUCUCGGGAUUCGACAUCCUGAGCGCCGCUUCCGGCAGCAACGUCGCGUACGGCAAGAACGGCGACUUCCUGUUCGAGGUCAGCCUCGACGCGGCGUCGACCGGCGAGGCGUGGUUCACCGUGCCAGACGCGUUCACCGGGUUCCCGGCCACGCCGUUCUCGCUGGACUACGGCUCCGUGACCAGCAACGGCGGCAACAACUUCUCCGUCCACGUGACCACGACGCCCUCCAACGGCCAGGCCGUCGUCGCGUUCCCAGGCGAGCUGACACAGGCCGCCAAGGACGCCAUCACCGCGCCCGGCGCGGUGACGUACACGUUCGGGUCCAGCUCGGGCUCGUUCACGUCUGCGGUCGACUACGAGGCGCGGCCCACGACGGCGGCUUCCUCGUACGGAACGAUCUCCGGCAACACCAUCAGCUUCGAGGUCGACGUGCCUGCCGAGGUCUACUCGUCGCGCGUGACCCUGUCCGCGCCCGCGCAGGCCGGCUACGCGUUCUCGGGCUCCGUGCAGGCGUUCUACUUGGCCGCUGACGCUUUCAACGACGGCGCGGCGACCGCGUACGCGGGCUCUGGCUUCGCGGACUCCUCGAGCGCCGCCCAGGUGUUUGCCACCUUCACGGGCGCGCUUCCAGCGGGCGUCGUGGGCGUGCGUUUCAUCUACUCGGCGGAGAUCUCCACGACCCAGGACUACUACACGUCCUCGGUCAACCUGGCGUUCCCAGACGGAACGAACCUGCGCGCCAGAGACGUGCACGAGGCGAUUACUGCGUACGUGUACCCGGCUUCUUUCACGGGCACCAUCAUGACGCCUACGACGAGCAUCUACUCGGACUCCAGCUCGGGAGCUGGGUCCGCGACGGGGUCUGCGACGGGGUCCGCUAGCGGAUCCGCGACGGGAUCCGCUUCCGGCUCUGCUUCCGCUUCCGCGACGGGAUCCGCUUCCGCUUCCGGCACUGGCACCUCCGCUUCCGCCUCCGCCUCCAGCUCCGCCACCACCACCACAACCACCGCUUUGUCCACCACCGUCAUCACCACCUGCACCGAAUGUGCCCACCCAACCACCGCGGUCGCCGUCUCGACCGCCACAGUCACCAAGAACGGCGUCGUCACUCAGUACACCACAUACUGCCCCUUGACCACCGAGGCUCACACUCGCGUGCAGUCUGGCAGCACUGCGGUCGCUUCCGUGGUUGUCACUGAAGUCGAGAGCAAUAUCUUUACCGUGUACACCACCUACUGCCCCUUGUCUGCUGAGACCAAGACGGGCAGCGCCAGUGGCGCUGCCACUGCUGCUCCACAGGGCACCGCCUCUCCAGCGGGCCCAGCGGGCCCAGCUGGCACUGGCUCUCCAGCUUCCCCUGCCGGCCCGGCGGGCACUGCUUCGCCAGCGGGUACUGGCUCGCCAGCUGCUCCAGCGGGCGCUGCUUCCCCAGCGGGCACUGGCUCGCCAGCGGGCCCAGCGGGCCCAGCCGGCUCCGCCUCCCCCGCUUCUCCAGCGGGCUCUGCUUCGCCAGCCGGCAGUGGCGCUCCAGCCGGCCCAGCGGGCUCCGCCCCCCCAGCCGCCUCCCCAGCAGCCUCCGCUGGUUCCGCCGCCACCACCCUCUCUGCCAGCACCACCGCUGGCUCCGGUGCCGUUACCGUCUCUACUUACUCUGCGGGUGCCAACGCCCUCAAGGGCGGCUUCUCCGCGCUGGUUCUAGGCCUUGUCGCCUUCGCUUUGUAA